CUUGCCUGCAAGAACUUGGGUCUUGAGGAAGGCAUGUUGGUGUGAGUGCAGUCUUGGAUCAUGAUCUCAGGGGAUUUGGUUUUUCUAUUAUGGUCAAUAUAUUUAUGGGAAAUGCAACUAUCAUUAUUUUGAGUGGUAUGGGAACUUCAUCGGAUGCUUUUGUCAUUUUGCUGGAAAGCCAUUUUUAUGUGUAUGUUCAGGGAUGUUGGGGGACUUAAUAAAAUGGUUUUGUAUAGCGUGGGGAAAACAAAUAUUGUCCUGUACAAGCUGUUUUCUCUUAAGGAUAAUUGAGAUGCAACAUGGUCUGUGAGUGUUUUUGGAUACCACCAUUAUCAAUUGCAACAGUAACCUUGAUUUAAGUGGUAAGGGACAAUGGGGCUGGUAUGUUUGGGGUGUGAUCAAGUGUGCAGGCUGCCUUUCGACACCUGGAAUUAUUGCAGCUAGCUGAUGGGUAUCUGGCUCAGGUUUUUUUUUUUUUAGUUGGUGGUAAAUUCCUGGUAACUGGUAAAUUCUAGAAGGUAUCUGAAUCUGUGUUGGAAUUAUUGUUGCAAGAAUCAGUGGCUUGAUUGGGAUUUUCAUUAUUUUAAUUUACUCUUCAACAUUUGGAUGGUUGAAUCAGGUUGAGUUGAAUGGUUCUUAGUAGCUGUUCAGGAAUUCUACUUUUCAGCAUUGUUACAUCAAGUCUGAAGUCCAUAAGAACUGGGGAAUUCUAUUAUCAUCUCAUUUUUUCUAGUCUCUGUUGUGCUGUUUAGUUUUUGUUUAAUUGGUGAUUAUUUAGUCUGGGAAGUUGCUGCAUACCUCUUUAAAAUCUUGGGUGAUGGUCUCCAUUGGGUUCCGAUUUCCAAUUUACUUUAAUUGGCUGUAUGGGGCAGGUAUUAACCGGUGGCAGAUUGAACAUAAAAAGUACCAUUUUGUGUCAAGGCAGGUUGUAAUGGCUUCAGCCUACCUUCUACCUUGAGCUAUGGGGUACUGUGGUUGAUAGGAACAUAUAUUGUAUGAACUGUUUCUAAUAAAACACUCUGGUUUCUGAAGAUAAUUGGGACUAAUUGGUAGCUACUUGAUUUUGUGAAUUAUUUGGCUACUGUGAACAUUAGUGUCUUCUACUGGUGGAGUACUUGGUCUUCCUGCUCUUAUUGAAGUAUGUUUUGACUGAAGUUCCUGGGACAUACUUGUGAUUGGGUUUUGCUGGUCUGUGCUGGAUUCAAAGUUUCAUUCCCAUUGCUAUUGUGAAGUUAUGGCUGCUCCUGAUAAAUUGUAUUGGUGUUGGUAGUUCAGUGCUUAGGCUAGAAACAUAUCUUUAAGGAUGCUGUUGGUGAUGAAAUAGUUGGGGAUGGCAUGUUAAAGUAGGAAAACUGGACUUGAUUUGUUCUCGUAUAUAGAUUGUGGUGAUUUCAAGUAAUUGGUUUUAGUUAUCUCCCCCUCCAGUUGUAUUCAAUAUAAUGUGGGCUAUCAUUCUGAGAGAUAGCAACAGACCUUUAUCAUGCAAACGCCUUACUCUCCCACGCUUGAUAUCUCCUUUUAUACCACUUUUUAUGGGGAGAUGCCCUACCUGAUGAUUGAUAUCUUUGCAAUUUUGUUGAAUUGGUUAUUUCACAGUUUUUGGGUUAAAUCUGCGGCUAGCAUUGCUACUUUGCACCAACAAAAUUUCUCCCUUGUUUUUGGGGGUUGCUCAUCUUUAGACUUUGCUGGCUUUUUUCCAGGGUAUAGACUUCGUGCAGGUUCUGGUUCUCCUGUACGUCGUAGGGAUGCAGAUCGCCGAUACAGUUCUGAUUUUGAUAAUUCGGGGGCCCCACCUCGAGGUCGUGAUUUUAGCAAUGGGAGGGAUCGUGGUAGAUUUCGAGAUUCUUCACCCCCCUAUGCUCGAGGAAGAGGUGGUGGCAGACCACUUGGCAGAGGUUUUGAUGGGCCUGGAUUUGGUCCAGGGCCUCUUAGAGGGGAGGGCGUGAGUAGGAAUAAUCCAAAUGUACGCCCAAGGGAAGGCGACUGGAUCUGCUCUGAUCCUUUAUGUGGCAACCUGAACUUUGCAAGGAGAGAGUACUGUAACAACUGCAAAAGGCCUCGAUAUAGACCUGGGGGAAGUCCUCGGCGGGGCUAUCCCGGCCCUCCACCUCCACAUGCUCCUCCAAGACGCUUUCCUGGUCCUCCAUUGGAUCUUUCUCCAGGCAGGACCAUGAAUGGCUAUAGGUCUCCUCCUCGAGGUUGGUCCAGAGAUGGACCCAGAGAUUUUGGGCCUGGUGGUCCUCCACCUCCUAGGCAAGGAGGCAGGUUUUCUGACCAUGAUAUGCGGAGGGAGCGGUCUGAUUAUCCAGAUGAUGAGUACAGGGUGAGGAACAAAUUUGAUAGACCUAUGCCAAUGGACUGGGGUCAUAAAGACCGUGGAAGGGAUGGCCUUUUCAAUGAAAGGAAAGGGUUUGAGAGGCGGCCACCCUCUCCACCUCUACCUCCACCUUCACUUCCUCAACGUGGCAGAUGGGGACGUGACGGGAGAGAUAGGAGCAGAUCUCCAAUUAGGGGAGCCCCACCACCAAAAGAGUUUCGACAGGAUAUGUACAUGGAGCGGGGGCGAGAUGAUCGGCAUCCUGUUGGGCGAGACAGAAUGAGACAUGUGUAUUGACAGUAGUGAGGCUAUGGAGUUUGAUUGGUUCAUCUUGGUAUAAUAGUAAUUGUGCUCUUUGUUGGGUGAUGAUGGAUGUUAUGGCACAGCUCUGAAUUUAUUUGCGUUUUCCGACUAUUUUAAAGAUUGCGUGAUUUUUGUUUA